CCCUCGCAUGUACCUCCCACCGCCCAGUGUACAUAAAUGGCAAACAUCGGGGCUGAAGGGGUUACUGGGAGAAGCGCCUGCCUCCACCUGCUGCUGCCGCCUCACUGCGAAGUCCCGAUCGCAAGGACAAGCUGCGUCUGUUCUCCGAAAUCUGGAGGUUGGUGACGCUUUUGCAGCAGCCCCUUCUCACAUCAGCACAGGGAGCGUGACAUUGACACGGGCAGGGAAUCACCGCCGCCCUCAUUCCUACUGGGAGAGACCCGCAGCCCCACCGUCUCCCUCUGUUGCUGGGUGACCAGAGAAAACAUCUGCAGCCGAUCGAGCGUCUUGUUGAGUUGAUGAGCGCGAUUGUCACUGAUCUGCUCCAACGGCAGGUGCGCCCUCAUCCGAGGAAACACCUCUAUUCCAGCCAUUGCGAUUCUGCAAGUUUGCGCCAACUGAUUGCUCGCGGGAGCCCAAUUGUUGAUUCACAAGCGAAAACUGUAGAGCAACAAGCGUAUUUUUGCGAGAUCCCGCUGAGCAAGAAAGAGAGCGCCUCUGGCAAGGAACCUGCGCUCAACACUGACAUUGAAGGAAAAAAGCAGCAGCUUAUGAAGCACGCACUACUGUAGCACUGAUAUAGCGCUGAGAGAAUUAGGAGCUGUUACCUGUCGGGGAUGGGAACAGUCUGAUCUUUACUCACAGCCUCUGCCCUAUCUCUGAGACUGUGAAGCCAAAAGCAACAGGAGCAGCCAGCUAAUAGCAAGGGAAUCAGGUUGCUCAUUACCCUGUCAGGCAGCAGCACCUGAGAAGAAGGACACUUUGUUUUCCUCUUUGCCCUUGAUUGCUUAGUGACUUAUCCAAUUGUCAAAGGCAAUUCCUCCUCCUCGUCUCUGUCACACCCCUUCCCCGCACCGCCCGACUCUCUGCGUCUCUCUCUCUCCCGCUCUCUGUCACCUGUUGGGAGGUCGCCGCCUCCUCCCCCAACACCCGCAGGCAGCGUGUCAGCCAGACUCCCGAGACUGUAGCGGGCGCUCACCCGAGGAAAUCUAUGAUUAGUUCGGUGUGUGUGUCAUCCUAUCGUGGGCGCAAGUCUGGGAACAAACCUCCCUCAAAAACAUGUCUGAAAGAAGAGAUGGCCAAAGGGGAAGACUCUGGCAAGAUAACCAUCAAUGUGGGGGGGACUCGGCAUGAGACCUAUAAGAGCACCUUACGGACCUUGCCCGGCACUCGCCUGGCUUGGCUGGCAGACCCCGACACCGCCAGCAACUCGGAAUUAGAUUGUCAGCAGACGGAAUUCUUCUUUGAUAGACACCCAGGCAUCUUCUCGUAUGUGCUCAAUUACUACCGCACAGGCAAGCUGCACUGUCCGGCAGAUAUAUGUGGGCCCCUGUUUGAGGACGAGCUGGCAUUCUGGGGCAUAGAUGAGACGGACGUGGAGCCCUGUUGCUGGAUGACUUACCGCCAGCACCGGGAGGCCGAGGAGGCUCUAGACAUUUUUGAGAACGUGGAGCUCGAUGAUGGGGACGAGGAGAAUAAAGGUUCGUCCCCAGAGCUGCUCUGCAUGGAGGAGAGGACGGACAGGUCAAGGGGCUGUUGGAAAGUCUGGCAACCCAAGUUCUGGGCUCUGUUCGAAGAUCCCUAUUCAUCCAGGGCUGCUCGGGUGGUAGCUUUUGUGUCACUCUUCUUUAUCCUUGUAUCCAUCACAACAUUCUGCUUGGAGACCCACGAGUCAUUUAUUGUGAACAGAAAUGUUACAGAGAUGGUGACUAAUGGGAACAAAACAGAGAUUUUAGUGGUGGGGGGGAUGGAAACAGAACCAAUCCUUACUUACAUUGAGGGGGUCUGUGUCGUCUGGUUCACGCUGGAGUUUUUUGUCCGAAUUAUUUGCUGUCCAGACAAAGUGCUCUUUGUGAAGAACCUUUUGAACGUAAUAGAUUUUGUAGCCAUCCUCCCAUUUUACCUGGAGUUGGGCCUGAGUGGGUUAUCCUCUAAAGCUGCAAGGGAUGUAUUAGGAUUCUUACGGGUUGUUCGUUUUGUCCGGAUCUUACGUAUUUUUAAGCUGACCAGGCAUUUUGUUGGUCUGCGGGUUCUGGGACAUACACUCAGGGCUAGCACAAAUGAAUUUCUCCUUCUCAUUAUCUUUUUGGCACUGGGAGUGCUCAUAUUUGCCACCAUGAUUUAUUAUGCAGAACGAAUUGGUGCAAAUCCCACAGACCCAACUGGAAGUAAUCAUACCCAUUUCAAGAAUAUCCCUAUAGGCUUUUGGUGGGCAGUCGUGACCAUGACCACAUUGGGAUAUGGAGAUAUGUAUCCACAAACCUGGUCUGGUAUGCUGGUGGGUGCCUUGUGCGCCUUGGCUGGUGUGCUCACCAUUGCCAUGCCAGUACCUGUUAUUGUAAAUAAUUUUGGAAUGUAUUAUUCCCUGGCUAUGGCUAAACAAAAACUUCCAAAGAAGAAAAAAAAGCAUGUCCCGAAGACUACCCAGAUGGACUCUCAAACAACACUAAAAUCUGAGGACAACUCUCAUCGAAACAGCACCCAGAGUGAUACCUGCCCAUUGGCUGCCGAGGAGUUAACAGAGAAAAAGAGGUCAGAUUCCAAGCAGAAUGGAGAUGCCAAUGCUGUAAUGUCAGACGAGGAUCAUGAAGAUCCCCUGCAGUUCAUGCCAUUAGAUGAGAAACGGAUCAUGAGACGUGCCAGUGCCAAAGACAGAAACAAGACUGGGGCCUCAUGCUUUUUGCUGAGCUCUGGAGAUUUUACUUGUGCUGCAGAUGGUGGAAUUCGAAAAGGUAUGAGAGAUAUUGACAUAGAGAUGGACUCACAGAUUCUCUUGGGACCUUCAUAAAAUAAAUAAAUAUGCCAGAGUGUGUGUAAUGUGUUUCAACUAAUUUCCUAGUCUUCCUAUAGAAAACAACUUUGCAUUGUUGAAAUGUAAGCAGUUUGUCUCUGUCACUUGUGUGAGUGGUGAAUGUGGUUCUACCUCUGUAAAGUUACAAAUAUAAAUAAACGAUAUGUGAAAAAGGUUUGUCUAAUCAAUUAUCCAGAAGUGUCACUGUCUAUUUUUGGUUAUGGGGUAAAAAUGUAAAUGUAAAUAAAAGCUAAUGACAAAAAAACAAGAAAGUUUUAGAAUUUUG